AACCGAGCGUACACGUAGAAAUUUCUGCGCGUAUCGAUAAGUUGUACGUGUGUGUUAUCUACAAUCGCGCAAGAAACCUUAAGAUCGUGACACAGAGAAAUGUUUGUACAAUGUGAAAAAAUCCUUCCGCCACUGAUCCUUCUUCGUUCGCGAUAAGAAAUGAAAAAUUGCAGCUACGUCGAAGCGUGUCGUUUAAUAUCAGGUGCGCGUGCAAUCAUGUCACAAAUUUGAUUAUCCAUGUGUCUAAAACUUCUUCGUCAAACUAAUAAAUCUUUCGAAUAAAACGGGAACAACGUCGUACGCUAUUAUCCUCGAAUGGAAAACAUUCUUCGAGGUAGAGUAUUGUCCGAAUACGCGAACUGACGCGUGUGUAUCAAAGGAAAAAAAGGAGAGGAAGAAGCAAAAAUGAACGGAGACGUUCCAAAAGAUCCAAUUUCGAGCGUGAAAUCAUCCUCGCCGGACAGAGACGAGAAACAAAAUCUGUUGCCAUCGUCGGAACAAACAACACCUGUUAUAGUAAAAAUGUCCAAGACUCCAUCGCUCAAAAGCAGAGAAAUAGUUGGUGAACUUUUGCAACGAUUGACAGUUUGUCAUGGAAAGGUUCAGGAAGGAUCACGUAAAAUGCGAAGAAAUCCAUCGAGCCGGUACAGAGCAUGGCCAACGCGGAAGCUACGUCGUCGUGCCGUGUUAAAAAACGGCGAGUGCAACGUCCUUCAGUCGCGAAUCUCCAGGCGUUCCCUGCGCUUCCUCCGGGACAUAUUCACGACCCUGGUCGACACUCAAUGGCGAUGGAUGUUGCUGUGCUUCACCCUGAGCUUCGUGCUCUCCUGGCUAGGUUUCGCGGUCAUCUGGUGGCUCAUCGCGUUCAGCCACGGUGACUUUGAAAAGGACCACCUGCCUCCUUAUCAAAUAGACAACAACUGGACACCUUGCAUCAACAAUAUCUUCUCGUUCACGAGCUGUUUUCUGUUCAGUAUCGAGACGCAGCACACGAUCGGUUACGGAAGUCGUGUCACGACCGAGGAAUGUCCUGAGGCGAUCUUCGUUAUGUGCAUCCAGAGCAUCGUCGGUGUGAUGAUCCAGGCAUUUAUGGUGGGCAUAGUGUUCGCAAAGAUGAGCAGGCCCAAGCAGAGAACUCAAACGUUGCUGUUCUCGCGGAACGCUGUUAUCUGUCAGAGAGACGGCGAGCUCUGUUUGAUGUUCCGAGUCGGCGAUAUGAGGAAAAGUCACAUAAUAGGAGCCGCCAUUAGGGCCCAAUUAAUAAGGACCAGGACCACCAAGGAGGGCGAAGUGCUGUCGCAGAACCAACAGGAACUGGCCGUAGGCACAGACGGUCAGAAUGGUAACCUGUUCUUCAUCUGGCCCACUACGAUCGUUCACAAAAUCAACGCGGAGUCGCCGUUUUACAACAUGUCCGCCGAGGACAUGCUGACGGAGAGGUUCGAGAUUGUAGCCAUCCUCGAGGGAACGAUAGAAUCGACAGGACAAACCACUCAGGCCAGAUCCAGUUAUUUGCCACAAGAGAUCCUCUGGGGACACAGGUUCGAGCCCAUGGUCACGUACUCAAAAGAGAGACAGGGCUACGAAGUGGAUUACUCCUUGUUCAACAAUACCACGCAGGUCGGAACGCCUCUGUGUUCUAGUAGAGAGCUGGCGGAGUUUUACAAGAUACAGGAAGAACUUCGUCAUGGGAACGGUAUGAUAGUAGACGAGGAUUUCCUAAUGGAGUCCUGUCAGGACAGCCAAUACCACUACGGUCAUCGUCCACACCUAAAUCAUCCUCAUCAUCAUCCAAACCACAAUUUAAACUACGUGGACAGCGGCAGAAGCGAAACCAGCGCCGACGAGGCGACCACCUGUCGAAAUUCUUACAGAGACUCGACGUAUCACGGACCACCGUUUCCAAAUCGAGACCAUAGCCACUAUAAGAUUCUCGAUUUAGACGGUGAUGGGAUCCAGGUGAUGGGUGAUGUCGAUCUACAACACUUGCCGGAAGCGGUGAACAGGGAGAUCCUGAAGAACAGCCGCGAGAUCAUCUUCGAAGAGCCAGAAACAUCGAGAGAAGGGAGUCCGUUGUUACUAAAAUCGACUAAUCGGAAGAACACGAGACACGGUGUUCCGGACGAGGAGAAGAGAUCUUUGUACAGUUCCAAGAGGAGUCUCUAUCAUAGAAAUAUUCUUCGAGGCUUGGAGGAAGAUAAAAGAUCUCUGGAUGGGUCCAGAAGAAAUUUGAAUGGGUCCAGGAAGUAUUUAUUAAUUCCCUUGGAUAACAAGAACGCGAUGGAGUCCGGAUACAGGGAGAAUUUCAUCGUCAAUAGAAAACACACGGGCAGCAGAGAGUAUUUAAACGCGACGAGGAAGGCUAUCUACGUAAAAGGAUGCAGGGAGCCCCAUGAAGUGGACACUAGAGGAAGAUUGAACUCCAACGACGACAGGUUGAUGAUAGAAAUAGAAAAACCUUCGAAAUCGUGUCAGCCACAGGAGAUAUUAGCUAAAGAUAAGAGCACUUCGCUGUCGGAUCCUAAUCUAUCGCCGAACGACUACGUUCCUGCUACAAAGUCACCAGUUCCAUCGACUUUGUUGCCAAUCUCUUCAGUAUCCGAAGUGUCGCCGGAAUCCGGCUUCUACGAUGGAACGCAGUGGAACUGCAGCCCGGAGUGCGUUAGAAAGGAUCUAAAAAUUCCAAACGAACCUGUGAUCGCAAGAAAUAGAAGGAGUUACGAGAAUGCGCAGCUUCAGGACGUGAACGAGGUUUUAUCGAGACCUAACAGUGAUAAUAGCUCGUUGGAUAGCGAGGAGUCCAAGAAUUUAGUUAGUGAGAAUGGUUCUCGUAAAUUUGGCGAGAAGAAUAUUGCCGCGAAGCAGACGGUCCCUUACACGAGCGUCUGAGCAAAGUGUGCCUUUCUCUUAGUGUAACGUAUCGCUUCCAAGUGCCAGUUCAAUUGUGUUGUACAGAAUAUUGCGUUUUACGUAUUUCCAAAGCGGCAUCGGAGUCGUUAUUGGUCUUAUUCAACCCUCGAACAUCAAUGAUGUUGGACACAGCUGCGGCUGGACACGAGAAUCGGAACAUUUAUUCUUCGGUUCCAUGGAUCAGUUUGUUUCGUUCUUUCGGACGAAAUCCUCUUGUCCGCACUCUCCCUUUAUUUACGAUCGAACCAAUAUUAUUAGUAAAAUUCUACAAGUAACGAUAACGAGCUUGCUUAUAGAAUAAAUGAAAUUUUGCAACUGAAUUUUACAAAUUACAAGUCGUCCGACUAUUUCGUUCGACGUGAAGCUGAACGCACGUAAUUUUAAGAAUCUAAGAAUUAAUAUUGUUAAUUGGUAAAUUAUCGUGCAACUCUUUAUAAAAAAUAGAUGUACGAAAUAAAUUUUGACAAAUUUCUGAAGAAUUCAACAAGUUCGUGGAAUAAGAAUUUUCAAUUAGUUUCACGUAGUUCAUUGUGUUCUGAGGGUUGAGAAAGUAAUCAAUGUAUUCCCGUACAGACAUUCUUCGUGUAUGGCAGUGAUUAUACAGAAAAGUGAUAAACAACAGAGCUACAACAAACAAGCGACGACUAAGGGGUAGAAAAUAAAUCAAAAUUAUUCUCAUUUAUUUUCUAUCAUUCAGCCGUCACGUAUUUCAUCGCUGUGCUUCUUAUCGCUCACCGCUUAGCGUUUAUCACUCUUCUGUAUAGUCACGGCUUAAAACGCGUAACUUUUCCAACUAUAUAUUAUAAGUAUCUGUGAAUUUAUAUUCUAUAAAUUAAGUAGAAGAUAUGCGGACAAUUAUUUUUGCUAUUUUACGAUAAUUGUAAAUUACACUAAACCGCAGGUCGGUUAGAAGCUUCCAUGUGUAAUAAUUAAAAGAGCCAGUCAAAUUGCUCGUUCAAUUUAGUAAAAUUAAUCUUCUAGAAACGAAACGUGGAUAUAAUCGUUUUUGUUCGAACGACGAGGCUUUCGAGAACUUGGCUGAAAACGCUUCACGAGGUAGUUUCAGAAACGAAGCAUACGACGCUCUAACCAUUAAUUACAUAAUUAACCGUCGUUUUAAUUAAAACUCGGGAACUGAAAUAUCGAAGAUCUUGGGGAUUUCAUUAAUGAAAAUUAUCAAACAAAUCAGGAGGAACCGGCGAAUUUAAGAUUAAGUUAUCUAAAGUCAGCAUAUUCGAUAGAUUUAGGUAUAAAGAUCGACUAGAUGUAACAAAAGUACCUAGCAAACUAUCGAAAGGUAUAUUUUUACAAUUUAGCACGCACAAACGCUAAGGUAUUAAAUUAACGAUAUUCUGACUGAAGUCAUGCCUGGCAAAGCAUCAGUGUUCGAACGAAACUUCAUAGAUUUAGCGAUGCCAUUUAAUUCCUGUUAAUUCUCCCGCAAAUUCACCCAUUAAAGACCAAUUUGCCGAAUAUAGGCAGAUGAAGAAGAAAAAUCGAACGAGUCUUUGGAAUUUCAUUUUGUAACCGCGAUAUUAAAAAAAUGGAAUUCAAUGAUUUACUUCGAUCAAAAACAAACAACAAAAUAUAUAUAUAUAUACAUAUUUCAAACGAAUAGUCUUUAGUGGGUUAAUUUGACAAUUUAUGGCGAAAGGAACUGUGUUGAUUAAACAAUUCCACGUACUAUACUUCUAAUUAUGGUAGAAGAAAGAUAGCCACCAUAGCGAAGAUAAAAAAGUGCCUUGUUUUAACUUUCUAUUUCCACGAGAGUGAGGGUAACGAACGUUCUCACCGCCAAAACAAAUUAGCCUCGUUUAAUAUUUAUUGCUUGCAGGGUAUCCUAAGCACUAGGUCGACGUUUGUAUAUAGAAACGUUCCCAGUUAAAAAGACACUAUCGAUCGCGAGGAUAGGUUUGCACGAAAUCGACAGCCGCUUCGAGAGCUUCUCAGCUAUGUGAUUCGAUCGGCACAGCGAACCAGAUCGAAUUAUUCUGAUAUUAUUUAGACGGAGUGUGCAGAGGAACCUGAAAUGGUAGAGCUCCGAGUGUUCCUCCGGGACAUGGAUACCUGCCAUCGUGACUUCUAGCAUAAAUUGUGAAACUCUUAUUUGUAAUAAAGACCAUUCGAAAUCUA